AUGGGAUCAUCCGAUAUCCCACCCCUUUCAGCCCCGCAGUGGCUCAUCCCCGUGUCGACGCUCUGCCUCAGCGCUGGUGUCGGGUUCUGGCUCCUGUGCUACGUCCUCAUGGCGCGGCGCGCGCUUCAGACACACGCGACGCCGAUGCCACUUCUCGCGCUCGGACUCAAUCUCUCCUGGGAGGUCGUUUUUGCCGUGUACGUGACCGAGAUGCCGAUUGAGCGCGCCGGCUUCGUGCUCUGGCUGCUGUUUGACAUGCCCGUUCUGCACGCCACCAUCAAGCAGGCCAGGCACUCGUUUGCCGCUUCGCCGCUGGUGGCGCGUCACGUUGGGCGCUUGCUCGCUCUCAUAUUUGCCGCCGGACUCGCUGCCAACUACGUCUUUGCGCAGUGGUGGCUUGCCGUGCCGCACCGGGGCCACGGCAACAAGGAUGGCAAGCCGUGGUUCGGCCUCGAGGCCAGGGAUACCACGGAGCUGGCCUGGUGGUCGGCCGGCGUGGCGCAGAUGGUGCUGAGCGUCUCUUGCGUGGCGAUGGUGCUGAGUCGGGGACACUCUGGCGGCCAGAGUUACGGAAUCUGGUUCUGCCGUUUCGCAGGUUCUCUCAUGGGACUACCGGUAACCUGCGGUCUGCUCUGGUGGUACUGGCCUGAGCCACAUGGCUUCAUUUUCCACCCUCUCUCGUACAUCAUCAUGGUGCCCACGUUUGCCUGCGACAUUGCAUACCCGUUCCUCCUGGCCCAUGUUCGCAAGACGGAAACGGUACUCCCAAACGGCAUGGUGGUGUCUGGUAGUGGCGAAGCGACGGGCAACAAGAAGACGCAGUAG